AUGUUUCUUAAAGUUUUUUUAACUUUAAUAACUUUUGUUAUUGUAUUCUAUGUAUCUGGAUAUCAAUUACAAUCAACAAAUGAUCAAUUUUUGUCAAAAAAUAUAAUUUUAGAUAAUUUUGUCUCACAAAAUCUUCCAUAUAAUCAUAUUUACACUGAACAAAAUCCAAAAUAUAAUAAAAGAGCAUAUGUAAGAUUGGCUGGAAAACGAGCACUUGUACGUCUUGGAAAACGUGCAUAUGUAAGAUUAGGAAAAAAAAAUUAUCUUUUACCUUUUGACUCUUAA